GCAAACUCAGCGCGCCGCCUGCUCGCCCGCCGUCCGCUCGUCGGCCCUGCCUUGCCGGGAGCAGCCUCCAGUCAGCUGUUGUUCAUUGCCUUCAAUUCAUUUGGGAACUGCUUCAAAUCCAUUUGGAAGCAAGGGGAAGAUCAGUCGUGACUUGUGCUCAAGAUGUUUCCAGAACAACAGAAAGAGGAGUUUGUCAGUGUCUGGGUUCGAGAUCCUAGGAUUCAGAAGGAGGACUUUUGGCAUUCUUAUAUUGACUAUGAGAUAUGUAUUCACACUAAUAGCAUGUGUUUUACAAUGAAAACGUCAUGCGUACGAAGAAGGUACAGAGAAUUCGUGUGGCUGAGGCAGAGACUCCAAAGUAACGCUUUGCUGGUACAACUGCCAGAACUUCCAUCUAAAAACCUGUUUUUCAACAUGAAUAAUCGCCAGCAUGUCGACCAGCGUCGUCAAGGGUUGGAAGAUUUCCUGAGAAAAGUCCUCCAGAAUGCACUUUUGCUUUCAGAUAGCAGCCUUCACCUCUUCUUGCAGAGCCAUCUGAACUCGGAAGACAUCGAGGCGUGUGUUUCUGGGCAGACAAAGUACUCUGUGGAAGAAGCAAUUCACAAGUUUGCCUUGAUGAACAGACGUUUCCCUGAAGAGGAUGAAGAAGGAAAAAAAGAGAACGAUAUAGAUUAUGAUUCCGAAAGUUCAUCCUCUGGGGUUGGACACAGUAGCGAUGACAGCAGUUCACACGGAUGUAAAAUAAGUACCGCUCCGCAGGAAUCCUGAAAAAGAAUUCUAAUGUUACUAUCUUAGGAAUAGCAAAUUACGUCCAGUCCUCGAGAAAAAAGCUUGCUAGUAACACAUUCUUACCUAAAGCUCAGUGUCGUGAUAAUAGGUAUUUAAAUUCUUAAGAGACGUUGGGUUGUGUAUUAGUGGUAUUUUUAUGUUGUCCUAUUUUAGCCAAGCUUCUGUAUCAAGUUAAACGCCUGUGAACGCAAUGCUCUCUGUAAUAGGGAAACAUUAUUGGUAAAUAAGAUCUGGCCCUCAAAUGAAAUGAUUUACGUAUUGGAAAAAACCUAGCUGGUUUGACUGAAUUUUAAAAGAUAGAAAAUAGGUAGCAUUUAAACUCAAGAUAGAGCCUUCUUUCUCGUAUCAAUGCUUCAGUGUCAGCGUAAACACAGCGUUUGUGACAGUAACCACUCCGAAGAGGAAAACGUACACCAGGCUGCCCCCCUCUCGCAGACGUGUGGCUGGGACUUCGUGGAUACCUCCCCUGCACUGGCACGACACUUUACUUUUGGGUGUUUGGAGCAUUUAACCUCUGCAGUAUUGUAUUUCACACGUAGAUGGAAAAUGUAUCUUAGGAAUAGAGAUUCUUAUAAAAAUAAUGUUUACAUUUUAGAGGAAAAAAAAAAAAACAACCAACCAGAAAUGGCACUUGUAAUUAUACUUGCAACAUACAGAAAUACAUUUUCAUUGUCCCAAAUCAGCUUAAACAAAUGGUUUCUGGAAACAAAUAAUUUGUUUUCAUUAUCUCCACAUAAUUAGAAUUACAGGUUAAUGAUUCAUUUACUGACUCAAUGUGCAAUCUCCUAUCACUAGGUAACUUUCAGUAUCAGUGGUGUUACUUAUUACUUUAAGUCAAAGGAAGGAUCUUCUAAAAAUUAAGACAUCAAGUCUCCCAAGAAAUAGUCCCAUAACUUUGAAAAUGAUGUCACCUUGCUCAGUUUGGAAUUCAUUACUCAUUUUUUUAAAAAGUCUUUUCUUUUUAGGCAUAUACCUGGAGACUGAUAUUAUUUUAAUAUGACACUCUUAUUUUUUAGUGGCCCAAAGAUAAACUUAGGUAAACUAUUUUAAACUUCAAAUUAGAGAUGAGGCAGCCUUUCCUUGAGAUAAUUUUCUUCCUUGUUGAAUGGUGUAAAAUAUCUCUGUGAAACUAACAGGAAGAUAUUUUCACAGAACUGGGGUAACUUGUUGCAUUAACUGUUUCCCAACCUAAUUGGAGGUUAAGAGAGGCCGCUACAAAAAGCAGACUUUUUAUCUUAACUAUGAUUUUAAACAUUAAUGUAUUACUAAAAAGCUCUAUUUCAAAAAACCAAUAGGGGAAAAAAAAAGACCAACAGGAAACUAAGAACCAAUAGAAAAAAAUUAAAUUUAGAAAGAGUAAUUUCUUUAUCUUUCUGGUUUUUUUUUUUUUUGGUAUAAAGCAUUAUUACCCAUUGUAAAUAUUUUCAUUUAACAUCAUUUAACAUGUCUUAGAUCCUGUUGUUUUAUUAUCUAAGUCUCAUUAUUUUAAUAUAGGAAAACCCCAGAUUUAACAAUUUCAGGGUAUCUUGCUGACAUGCAAAGCUUGCCCAUUGGGGCAUUGAGGAGCUGUCCUCAGCCCAGUAUGUGUGUGAAUUCACAAUAUUUCUUCUGUUUUACAACAGGUUUGAAGAGUAUACACUGUACCACCAUUGUCAUAUUAUUUUCUAAUGAUGUAACAGUGCCAUCAAAAUUAAGUAAUGCCUAGUAUUUGGUAUGUAAACAUACGAUCAUUGUUUUCACAUUAAACAUGAAAAAUAUCAACUUGG